CCUGAUGCAAAUAUAACCAAGUUCUGAUGGAAGAAGAAUACAUUGAUUUUCGACCAUUGAAGUACACAGAGCAUAAAACAUCAGUCACUAAGUACACAAAGUCACCUGCAAAAAAUCUCUCCGGAAAAACUCCACAUGACUCAGUGAGAAUCGUUCGUGUCUCUGUAACCGAUCCAUACGCAACCGAUUCAUCAAGUGACGAAGAAGAAGACCUCCUCCUCCCUCUCCGUCGAGUCAAGCGAUUCCUUAACGAGAUCAAAGUCGAGCCAAGCUGCAACAACAUCAAUACUACUGGAGUUUCAAUGAAAGAGAGGAAUAGAUUCUCUAUACAAACUCAAUCUCCGGCGAAAAAUGGUCACCGUCGUCAACUCAAGGUAUCAAUACCCGCCGGCCAAAAUGGGAGGAAGUUUCGCGGCGUUAGACAACGGCCUUGGGGGAAAUGGGCGGCAGAGAUUCGAGAUCCGGAGCAACGUCGGAGGAUUUGGCUCGGAACUUUCGAGACAGCGGAGGAAGCAGCUGUGGUUUAUGAUAACGCUGCUAUUAGACUCCGUGGACCGGACGCUUUAACCAAUUUCUCUAUACCACCUAAGUCUCAAGAAGAAGAAGAAUCAGAACCGGACCAACCGGUUAUUGUUAAACCGGAAAGCAUCAGUACAACGACAACAACAAUAACUUCGAGUUCCGAAUCAACUGAAGAUUUCCAACAUAUUUCAUCUCCUACAUCGGUUCUCAAUCUCCGGUCGUCCGAAGAAAUACAACAGACGUUUAAAUCAGCUAAACCGGAACUAGAAAGUUCAGGGGCACCAGGGUGGCAUACCGGGUUAAGUUCCAAUUCAAGUGAACCAGACGAUUCAUUUCCGUUGGAUACUCCGUUCCUAAACAACUAUUUCAACGAAUCUCCACCAGAUACUUCAAUAUUUGAUCAAACAAUGAGUGGAGUUUUUUUUGAAAAUAAUGAUAUCUUCAGUGAUAUGUUCCUGGGUGGUGAGAGUAUGAUGAACAUUGGAGAAGAGUUCAAGUCUUCCAGUAUCAGAGAUAUUGGUCCAGUGUUCAGUGACUUUGAUGAUUCAUUGAUAUCAGAUCUGUUAGUUGUUUAAUAUCAUGAGCUAGAAGAAGCUAAGGAGAAACCAUAAAUAUCUAUGGUGUCCCUGGAAAAUUUUGA